GGGACAAUACACGCGUACGCUUGGCCAAAACGACGACAAUAGCGAGCCAAAUUACACCGAAGGGCCCACUAUUAACCAUCACAAGCACGCCAUAAUCCCGGAUUACUGCGAUAUCCCAUUCAACUAGACAAAAGUUCUGAAUUCCACAUGCACGUUGCCCACGCAGGACGUUCUGUUAUAUAGGCGCUGUUUUGCUGCAUCGACGUCGUUUAUAUCUCAGCGAUCUACACAGCUUCGAUCGAUCCUUCGAACCCUCGACUUGCAUAUUCUUUGAUAGCCUAUUCACGUUCCGCGCUCAGUCAGCCUGAUCUGCAUAAGCCAUGGCUACAGAAACAGCCACAAAGACAUACUCAAAAAUCCAAUUGCUCACACUGAAUGGCCCAGAAUAUCGACGAGUCUCGACCGCACCCCCGCGGGCACCCCUUGCUAAUGAAAUCCCCCUUAUAGAUUUGGGCCAAAUAGAUGGAGACCUUGCUGCACGGAAAGAAAUUGCACAAAACAUCAGGCUUGCGGCUGAGAAUACCGGGUUCUUCUAUGUAUACAAUCAUGGCAUCUCGCCUGACUUAAUUCGCAAUGCACUACAUCAAGCUCAAGCAUUCUUCGACCAGCCAAUAAACGCAAAGGAAAAAGUCUCACGUCGCAAAUAUGAAAACUUUCAGGGAUAUCAUGGGGUUGGGACUACUCAAAUCAACGAUACAGAAACGAAAGAUAAUAAGGAAACAUUCUCCAUCCGCUAUGAUGAAUCCAAUGACCCUCUCCACGCAAAUUCACCCACCCAACCAACCUCAUCAUCUAGAUCGCUGGACGAACUCUGGACCGGUGUAUCCCACCUCCCCGGCUUCCGCACCGCCACCGUGGAAUUCUGGCAACAACGCCUCAAUCUCGCCCGCAAACUCGUCCGCAUCCUAGCCCUCGCUCUCGACCUCGAGGAAUCCUACUUCGACGACGUCAUCACACAUCCAGGCGCGGACGCCCUUUAUAUCCACUACCCCGGCGUCGUGGACCCCUCAGACAGCGCCAACGUCGACGUCGGAAUCGGAUCCCACACCGACAUCCAGUGCUUCACGCUCCUAUGGCAGGACAACUCCGGCGGCCUGCAAGUCCUCUCCAACGAGGGGGAGUGGAUCGACGCGAAACCCAUCGAGGGCACGUUCGUGGUGAACAUCGCUGACUUCCUGCAACGCCUUUCGAACAAUAGGUUCAAGUCUACGGUGCAUCGCGUGUAUAACAGACAGACGGCGUCGAGGUAUUCGAUGCCGUUUUUCUUGGGAUUCAAUGCCGAUAGUGUGUGUAGUGUUGUGCCAACUUGCGUGGACGAGGAGCAUCCGCCGCUUUAUGAACCUAUAUCUUGUGGGAAGUGGCACCAUGACCGACUAGCUCUUGCAUCCCUUAAAAAGACUUAAUUGAUUUGUACUGGUAGCAUCAUCGAAAUCUUCCCAAAACAAUGUCAAAGUCAUUUUUAAGCGGCUCUUUUGCAUUUAGC